AUGGUCGAUCAAAUCUCGCAACUCCCCACGGGCGCUCUAGAGUUCACCACGCUAUCGGCCAAAGUCAAAGCGCUUACCGGCUUCCUCAUUGAUGGCGCCAUCCUCCAUGAGACUCUGAAGCAACAUGGAACUUUGUUGCUAGCCUUCACAGCCGGCGCUGCAGCAGCGUCCGCCACUCUCCCCUACUUCAACCGGUACCGAAAUGACCGCGCCAAGGUCAACCUGGCCGUUUUCCACAUCACUCGCAUUAUCGAGAACACUCCAGAGUACCAGGACCGACUCUACCAUCCACAUGAGCUCGUCCGGGUCAUGGAUGCAGAAGUCCAGCGUUUGCUGCAAAUUCACCUCAAUAAGCAAGAGGCGCAAGGCGCCAUGAGCGCGCUGAAGCGAAAGCUCUGGGUCGAAGUUGAUGAGGAGCGCGCACUUUUGGCGAAGCGACGUAAGAGCGAAACUGCCGAGCGCAAGGACAGCGUUGUCGCAGGAGCUCCAGAAAUGCAAGAGACAUAUGCAGAGCUUUCGCAACCCUCGCCUACGAAUACACCCACCCCUGAGGUGUUCAGACCCUUAAGCGGUCGAAAGGACAAGCUGCUUGCAUCAGCCGCGAUUAAGGAGAAGGAGGACUCCAUCAUGACUGAUGUUGAUGCACUUGUCGAGACUUUGGCUACACCGCUGCGACAAGAGAAGAAGGCUAUUACUACUCCAUCAACUGCAACGAAGACACCUUUGGCUCAGAUCUCACAAACGCCACUAAACCCUCUUUCGAGCGUGUUGAAUUCAAGCAAAAAGUCGCCAGAAGAGACUUUCCUCGAUUACGCGUCAGUUAUGAGACAGGCUGCUUCACCUUUCCCACCCAACACACCGGGUCAACAAACUCCUGUCGAUAAGCCGUCAAAGCCGCUGAGGACGCUUCAGCAGGCCCUCAUGGGCGCCCGCAACCUGAAUACACCUGGUCAUAUGCUCUCGGACCCGCUUGCCACAGAGAAGCGCAAGACGUCCAAGCCACCCUCUACUAUCAAGAUUCAGCAGCCGCCAAAUUCUAUGGUGGUCCGGACUGGCAACGAAGAUAAGGGCACUUGGCUUCGCUCCAUACAAGAGGGUGCGUCGCCUCACGAAAGUCCCACACUAGGUACUACGCAAUAUCGCGUCGCUGAGAGCAAAAUCUUCUACUGGAAGAUUGAGGACAACAGAAAGGAGCGAAGAGACAUGCACAAGUUCCUCAAGCAAAAAGAUGAGAUCAUGCAAGAGGCAGAAGUCCUUCCAGCGAAGAAGGAUGAAGAGUGGCCUAACGCGACCCUCACAUAUUCUAGCACUGAAGAGACAAGCCAGGCCUCACCUUCAUCCUCCUCAGAUCUCUCCCUGCUGCCAUUAGACGCGAACUUCUCUUCGCCCGUCGAGACGAAGGACGAGGCCAUGUCUGACGUGAUCUACGUUGGGUCAGCUCCUGUAGUGCGGGAUGGCCUCACGAAAGAUGAGGACAUGGAUGACGUGGUCUUUGUUUCCUCAACUCCUGCACGGCGGGAGGAGGUCACGCCGCCUCGCACCACUCUCUUUCCGCCAAAAAAACGCGGCCGGCCAAAGAAGGUGAUGGUAGAGCAAAAGGAGGUGACCGUGGUAGAGAGGAAGCCAGAUACGCCUAUGCCGGCGAAGCGUCUUGGUCGCCCGACGAAGGCAGCUAGCAAGCUGCAGACGCCUGCUACUCCUGUAGCAACGUCCAAGCGCGGUAGAAGUUCGCGUCAGGGUACUGCCGAGCUGGAUACUCCGGUUCAGCUGGAAACACCGUCUGGUAGGGCCGUUCGCACUAGGGCGUUCAAGGGAAGCUACAAGGCUUAG